GGGGCAGAAGCAGCGCAGGGGCUGAAUAUUAUCAUUCCCAUCACCGUAAUCACCCCUCUUCUGAUUUUCACCAUUUUAAUUCCUUUUCUCCUUCCUCUUUUCUGCCUUUCCCUCGCUUUUUUCCGCAUUAACCGGUUUUGUCUAGAAAAGUGGUCUCGCUGGCUGGAAGGUCUAAGAGGGAGGUGGGGGGGAUGUGUGUGUAUUUUUUUUUUUCAUGGCGUUUUUGGCAGGAAUGCGGCAGCUUUAGCGAGGGACCCAAAUUUCCGUGGCCGUGUCCCAGAGGUCUGUCUGUCCCUCUCCAACAUAUAUUUAGCCAUAUACUAUUUAUACAUCCAUAAUCUCUCGGCCACGUCGGGGGGCCUGAAGUCGGGGGUGGGGGGGGAGCUUGGAGCCGGUGUGGCCGCAACGCUUCGGACCCAGGAAUGCUGAAUUUGAUGCUUUUGAUUUCUUUUUCUCCCCUCAAGGUUGGAGGAUGCUCCUUGUUGGGUUAUUUUUCCCCCCCAGCCCCGCGGUGCUUGGGAUGGCAGCCGGGUUUUUUAACCGGGCCAGGAUGGAGCGGGCGAAAGCGGCUUCGAGCCCGAGGCCUUUUGAGAUUAUAAAGUGAUAUUUUAGCAGCGAGGCAAAACCCCACGUUCCCACGGGUCGGAAAAACGCCCCACGUGCAGCACCCGGUCUCAGCUAGAGCUGGAGAUGGACGCGGAUAAGGGGAAGCAACGCCAGUACUCGCAGAGCGAAGGCGAGACAGAGAGGGCUGCCAAGGUAGAGGCGUUCCCUAGAGAACUGUAGCUUGACUUAGCGGCAGUUGGGUAGGAAGUUGGAAGGCUCUAGUGAGCUCGUGCCCACCCGUGCCAUCAUCUACCUCCCAUCAAUCUGGAGCCUCAGCGACACGUCUCCCCAGGCAGCUGCGCCCACCUGGCUCCAGAGGCCACCCUGAUGGCGGAGCCUCGCUUCAACAACCCCUACUUCUGGCCGCCCCCCCCCACCAUGCCCAGCCAGCUGGACAACCUGGUCCUGAUCAACAAAAUCAAGGAGCAGUUGAUGGCGGAGAAGAUCCGCCCCCCACACCUGCCCCCCACCUCGGUGGCCUCCCAGCAGCCCCUCCUGGUGCCCCCCUCGCCUGCCGAGAGCAGCCAGUCCAUCAUGUCCCUGCCCAAGCUGCAGCAGGUGCCAGGGCUGCACCCCCAGGCUGUGCCCCAGCCCGACGUGGCCCUGCACGCCCGGCCGGCCACCAGCACCGUCACAGGGUUGGGGCUGGCGUCCCGCGCGCCCGCCGUCAGCACCUCGGAGUCCAGCCCGGGAACCGGGACCACCACGCCCUCGACCCCCACCUCCACCAGCCAGAGCCGCCUCAUCGCCUCCUCGCCCACCCUAAUCUCAGGAAUCACCAGCCCCCCCCUCCUCGACUCCAUCAAGACAAUCCAGGGCCACGGCUUGCUGGGAGCGCCCAAGGCCGAGCGGGGCCGCAAGAAGAUCAAGGCGGAAAACCCCUCGGGCCCACCGGUGCUGGUGGUGCCCUACCCCAUCCUGGCCUCGGGGGAGACGGCCAAAGAGGGCAAGACGUACAGGUGUAAGGUCUGCCCCUUGACGUUCUUCACCAAGUCGGAGAUGCAGAUCCACUCCAAGUCGCACACGGAGGCCAAGCCCCACAAGUGCCCCCACUGCUCCAAGUCCUUCGCCAACGCCUCCUACCUGGCCCAGCACCUGCGGAUCCACCUGGGCGUCAAACCCUACCACUGCUCCUACUGCGAGAAGUCCUUCCGCCAGCUGUCCCACCUCCAGCAGCACACCCGAAUCCACACCGGUGACAGACCCUACAAGUGCCCCCACCCCGGCUGCGAGAAGGCCUUCACCCAGCUCUCCAACCUCCAGUCCCACCAGCGCCAGCACAACAAGGACAAGCCCUACAAGUGCCCCAACUGCUACCGGGCCUACACGGACUCGGCGUCGCUGCAGAUCCACCUGUCGGCCCACGCCAUCAAACACGCCAAGGCCUAUUGCUGCAGCAUGUGCGGCCGUGCCUACACCUCGGAGACCUAUCUGAUGAAGCACAUGUCCAAGCACACGGUGGUGGAGCACCUGGUCAGCCAGCACUCGCCGCAGCGCACCGAGUCCCCCGGCAUUCCCGUGCGGAUCUCCCUCAUCUAAGCGGGGAGGGGGGGCAGCAGCAGGACCCCCCCAGCACGAGGAGGAGGAGGAGGAGGAGGAGGAGCCCCCCCCGGCGCCGCGGGCCGUGCCCCCGCAGGUUUGGUGACACCCAAAGACGGUUUCAGAGCACUUUGAAUCUCUGCGGUUUGGUUUUGUUUUUUGGGGGGAAGGGGGGCACGUAGAGGUGGGGGA